AAGACACGUUUUUAUUCGGCAGUUUGAGCCAAUAUCGUCCAGUCGUUUGCAUCUUCAAUGGCCCUUCUAUGGAAUAUCAUAACCGUGAUAGCGAUGGGUGGUGUAUCGGCUUUCAAGCCGCGUGAGUCCUUUCAGCCGGUCGAUGUUGGUUUCCAGUUUUCCACGCCAGUUAACUUGGCAAAUACGUUACAAAACAGUGUGGCCGGCCCGAUCAGUCUCGUUCUCGUUGUCGCCUUUAGUGGCAUUCUCGUGGCCGGCCUCAUCGUACCCAAAUUAACUUCCGCUUGGUCGGCCCGUUCUUCCGACGAUGAUUUCUAUUCCAGUUGGUGGCGUCGAAUUUUGGAUCCGCUUGACAUCGAAGAGGCUUUCGAAUUUAUGGACGAUCUGCGUGAUCCUUGCCGAAGGAAGAUCUUGUGUCACGUUCACAGUUUUGUGCCGUACGCUCCGAGUUGGCUGCAGACCGUCUUCCGCCUCAUCAGUAGAAACAUCCGCGGAGUGGAGCGAUACAAGGAGGAUAUCAUACAAGGAUUGGGCGGUGCUGACUGCCAUCAACUCUAUCAGUCGGAAUGCCCGCAAACAGUAGGCCAACUUCUGACGAUGACCAGACCCAUUCGUCGCAUUCUCCAACAACAGGGCCGGCAUUUUCAUUCGACUGGCGACCGAUACUUCAACUUUGUUUGACG